AUGCCGGUGAUGAAGGGAUUAUUAGCGCCGCAGAACACCUUCCUGGACACCAUCGCCACGCGCUUUGAUGGCACCCAUAGUAACUUCAUCUUGGCCAACGCGCAGGUGUCCCAGGGCUUCCCCAUCGUGUACUGCUCAGAUGGCUUCUGUGAGCUCACGGGCUUCUCCAGGGGAGAGGUCAUGCAGAAGAGCUGUGCCUGCAAGUUCCUCUACGGCCCAGAGUCCAGUGAAGGCAUCAUCCUCAGCAUCGACCAAGCCCUGGAAGAACGCAAGGAGUUCAAGGACGAGAUUAUGUUCUACAAGAAGACAGCGGAGCAGUUCUGGUGCCUUCUGGACAUCGUGCCAAUUAAGAACGAGAAGGGGGACGUGGUGCUGUUCUUGGCCUCCUUCAAGGACAUCACCGACACCAAAGCCAAAGCCAUCCACGAGGACAAGAAGGAAGAGAGGAAGAGGGAGCGAGUGAAGAGCAGCUCUCCCUUCAGUUCAGCUCGUCUCCGCAGCAGCACCGUCCUCUACCACAUCUCCGGACACCUGCACAGCCGCGAGAAGGGCAAGAUCAAGCUCAACAAGAAUGUAUUUGGAGACCCCCCCGCCCUCCCUGAAUAUAAGAUUUCAGAGGCUAAGAAGUCGCGGUUCAUCCUGCUCCACUACAGCACGAUGAAGGCCGGUUGGGACUGGCUCAUUCUUCUGGCCACCUUCUAUGUGGCGGUCACCGUGCCCUACAAUGUGUGCUUCAUCGGGGACGACGAGGAGCUGACCCGAAGCACCACGGUCAGCGACAUUUUCGUGGAGAUCCUCUUCAUCAUCGACAUCGUGUUUAACUUCCGCACCAGUUAUGUGAGUAAGUCGGGCCAGGUGAUUUUCGACGCCCGCCAGAUAUGUUUCCACUACCUGACCACCUGGUUCAUCAUCGACUUGGUUGCUGCCCUGCCCUUUGACCUCCUCUACGCCUUCAAAGUCAGCGUGGUGUCCGUGGUGCACCUCCUGAAGACCGUGCGCCUGCUGCGCCUCCUCCGCCUGCUGCAGAAGAUGGACCGGUACUCCCAGCACAGCACGGUGGUCCUGACCCUGCUCAUGUCCAUGUUCGCGCUGCUCGCUCACUGGAUGGCGUGCAUCUGGUACAUCAUCGGCAAAAUGGAGAUGGAGGCCAACGCGUACAACUGGGACAUCGGUUGGCUGCACGAGCUGGGGAAGCGUCUGGAGUCUCCGUACUACAGUCUGGGAGCAGUGAACGGCAGCAGCAGUGGUCCGUCCAUCCGCAGUGUCUACAUCGCAUCCCUGUACUUCACCCUGAGCAGCCUCACCAGUGUGGGCUUUGGGAAUGUGUCAGCCAAUACUGAUGCAGAGAAGAUAUUCUCUGUCUGCGUCAUGCUCAUAGGAGCUCUGAUGCACGCCUUGGUCUUUGGAAACGUGACGGCCAUAAUUCAGAGGAUGUACUCGCGCUGGUCCCAGUACCACACCAGGACCAAGGACCUCAAGGACUUCAUCAGGGUGCACCAUCUGCCCCAGACCCUCAAGCAGCGCAUGCUCGAGUACUUCCAGACCACCUGGUCGGUCAACAACGGCAUCGACUGCAAUGAGCUGCUCAAGGACUUCCCAGAUGAACUGCGCUCAGACAUCACCAUGCACCUGAACAAGGAGAUCCUGGAGCUGUCUCUGUUUGCCUCGGCCAGCAGGGGGUGUCUGCGCUCCCUGUCCCUGCACAUAAAGACAUCCUUCUGUGCACCUGGGGAGUACCUGCUGAGGGAGGGCGACGCUCUGCAGGCCAUCUUCUUCGUCUGCUCAGGCUCUAUGGAGGUGCUCAAGGACGGGAUGGUGCUCGCGAUUCUGGGUAAGGGCGACCUGAUUGGUGCAAACCUCUCAUUGGACGACCGCGUGAUAAAAACCAAUGCAGACGUGAAAGCCCUGACCUACUGUGACCUCCAGUGCAUCAACCUGAAGGGGCUCUACGAAGUUCUCGACCUGUACCCCGAGUACUCCCACAGCUUUGUGCAGGACAUCCAGCAAGAUCUCACCUACAACCUGCGGGAGGGCCAGGAGACACUGGUCAAAGCACGGCUGUCCACCACUGCUCUGGACUCUCAGAGCGGAGUGAGAAGGAAUGGGCGCUUGGUACAGGGCUACCCCCCCCUCACGGAGGCCCAGGUGGAGCGAGCGGAGGAGGAGGGGGAGGGGGCAGAGAGGAGCAGACCGGACCCAUCCCAAAAAAGGACGUCCCAUAGAAGGACACAGGACAUGUCCCUGAGCACACUGGACCCCGCCAGCCUCAGCCCAAGGAUCGUGGACGGGACAGAAGACAGCGCGGGGACAGAAGCCUUCUCCUUCUCCUCCGCUCGGGCCCCCAGCGCCACAGCUCCCUCGUCAGGUGCUCUGCAGGUGAGCACAGCAGAGCUGGCAGCCAAAGCAGAGGAGACCAGAGGACAGCUCCGGAGCCUGGGACAGCAGGUGAGCUCUUUGGGGAAGGAGGUGUCUGACCUGGGACAACUGAUGACGAGGAUGGCCCAGCUCAUGGACUCCUUCAUGUCCCGGGGCCACGCCCCCUCAGUCUGCCCCACCCACUGCUCACCCCACCACGCCUACCUGCCCCACCCCUCUCCACCUGGACCCCCGCCCCCUUCGGGCCCCCCACUCUGGACGGACACGCCCGCCUCGAUGCCCUGCUCGCCACACGUCCGCCAACCUCACAAGUUGCACCUGACCUUUGCCAACAUCACCCGCUCCACGCCAUCCCCAACGCCACACACACAACCCUGCCCCCUUGCCGCUGACCCCACCCACAUGCUCCUCCAGCCCCAUCCCCUUGCUGCUGACUCCGCCCCCUUGCACCUCCAGCACAGCCUGAUGCCUUGCCCGUCCCACAGCCCGUCCCACAGCGGCCUAUACACGGACGAUGCACUCUGGGAGAACAACCGGAGCGCAACCUUGUAG